AUGUUCGUCAAGAAACGUUCCGACGUGGGAGCGACUCCACUCCAUUCGUCAUCCUUCUCGGAAUCAAAGAAUGAAACAAACAAAAGAACAACAAAUAAAAAUUUGAAAAGCCUCAUCAAGAAGAAGGCAGCAGAAAAGAACAAACAGAAGAAUGAUGAAGUAAAUGAUAAUUCAAUGAUGAUGGAAGAUAAUGAUGAUGAUUUGGAUUUCCACCAACAUGAAUCCAAAAACGAAUCAUCAAAACAAUUGGAACAAAAGAAGAAAAACGCCUUGGUGAAUGAUAAUCUUACGAGUAUCUUGUUCGGAGGCUACAAGUCAAGUAUUUCAACAACAAACAACCAUAACAUUUCCUCAACACAAGUCUCCAUGAAGAAUGGAUUUAAUGAUGAUACCAUGAUGACCGAUGAUGAAUUAUUCGGACUGCAUCAACAUGAUGAGCAACACGGUAGCACAACCUCUCUUCGUUCCGAAAUUGAACAACAAGAAGAUUCUGAUUUAUUCUUUUAUGAGAAGCCUGUAAAGGUUCAUACCGAUAUGCAUGAGGAUGAGAGGCAUGAUAAUAGCUCUCAAACAUCACUACAUCAAAGAGCUUCCAAGCUACCCAUGAUCAUUCGGCUCAAACCAGCAUGGGAAGAUGUCUACACAAAAGAAUUGAGAAUUGCCAAUAAUUAUGACGAUGAAGAAGAUGAAGUCGAUGUGGAUGGAAUUGCACAAAGCAUUAUUAAGGGAUUUCUAAAAAGAGGUAGAGAAUCGAAUAAUGGUCAUGACGGUGGAGAUGGGUCAAUCAUUUCUGGUGAGCAGUACGAAAAGAAGAUGAGAAAAAUCUAUUCACAUUUAUGUCCAACACCUCAUUGGGCCAAACUCAAGGUUGCUCAAAUAGAGAGUGAAUUGGAAGACGGAACCAAGUGUAUUCGUGAGGUCAUUAUGGAUGAAAAUAACUUGAAUGGAUCUGCAGAUGAUAUUUUACAGAGAUCAUCUGAGAAUGUCAUUGUUCAAUCCAAGACUAUUUUAGAUCGAUUCAAACUUUCCUAUCAAAAAUUGAAUGACGUCAAUGCUCAAGAACGUGUAGGUCAAGUUUUUAGUUUGGCCUUCCAUCCUAAGCUUAAUAUUGCUGCUGUCUUGAAUUCUGAUAAGAAAAUUCGUCUUUUCACCGUAGAUGGAGAGCUGAACCCAAUUUUAGAUCGGUUACAAAUAACCAACCAAGGUGACAAUAAUCUGAGAAAUAUCAGUUUCACUAAGGACGGUAAAUCUUUAUUGUCGUUCCUUGAAAAAUCAGCAUACUUCCUCAUUACAGACUUGGAUACAGGAAAAACAAGAAGAACUCAAAAGUUAUUCUCACGAAGAACAAGGGGUGACGAGAAGGAAGGAGGCAAAUUCUUACUACACAACGCUGUUGAUGUUUCUAGUGACAACAAGCUUAUUGCUAUCGCGGAUGACAUUGGAAGCAUUUUACUCAUCUCCCGAAAAACUCUCAAUAUCAAACACACCUUCACAGCCAACAUUUCUCAAGUGACCUGUGUGGCUUUUUCUGAAGAUUCUAAAUCUCUCUUUGUGGCUGGUAAGGGAGGAAAGUUGUUUGUUUUUGAUGUGGAGAGUGAAAAGGCCAAGCACAUUUUCAGUGAUCACGGCUCAAUUCAUACGACUUCCAUAGCAGUGUCACCUGAUAUGCAAUACAUUGCAACCGGCUCCACCUCGGGUGCAGUCAAUUUGUAUCGUUGGAAUGAUGUCUUUAAUUCCCAAUCACCAAAACCACUCACAACAUUUAUGAAUUUGACGACAAGUGUUGACAUGUUGAGGUUCACAGCGGACUCGCAACUCUUAAUGUUUGCCUCAACCGAGAAAUCGAAUGCAUUCCGUUUUGCUCACCUUGCUUCUCUCUAUGUAUAUUCUAAUUUCCCUGGUGAAAUGGGUAUGAAGAAGCAAUACAGCUACAAUUGUUUGGCGAUGAGUUCCUCCUCAGAAUUCUUGGCCAUAGGAUGUCAAAGUGGUCCUGUGAUCUUAUUCCAACUUCCGUACUAUGCCAAUAAAUAG